AUGGCAUUCUCAAUCCUACUGCGAAGUGGUGAACAGUGGUGGGAUUCUCAAGCGCCAUGAAUGCGAGGACCUUCCUCAUCGCCUUCUACUCUCCACCGAAGCACCACAGUUCGCCGGCCAUUUCGGUUCCGAGAAAAAUUUUCUACUCUGAUUUCGACUCCAAAAGGCAAAUAUUGCAGUUGCGAGUUUUUCAUCUUGGACGGACCGGAUUGUUUCGUGUUUCGCCGAUAAAUUUGGUUGUUGCCGAUGGUUUGUCGCGUAGAGACAUCGGGAAAGUGCGGGCGGACGUUAAGUCGGAGCCGUACGAAGUUGCUGAGUCCCCACCGGAAUCGGUGGAGUUUGAGGACGCUCUGAGCGACGUCGUAUUGAGAGCUGAAGAUGGAGACGGAGUGGUGGUUCAGUGGUGGGAACAGUUCCCCAAACGUUGGGUCAUCGUGGUUCUUUGUUUCUCUGCUUUUCUCCUAUGCAAUAUGGAUAGAGUAAACAUGAGCAUUGCUAUACUUCCCAUGUCAUCGGAGUACAAUUGGAGUCCGUCAACCGUUGGUUUGAUACAAUCUUCAUUUUUCUGGGGCUACCUUCUCACUCAGAUUGCAGGAGGUGUUUGGGCUGACACUGUUGGUGGGAAACUCGUCUUAGCCUUCGGUGUAAUUUGGUGGUCUGUAGCUACAGCUCUCACGCCAAUAGCCGCCAGGAUUGGGUUGCCUUUCUUACUUGUUGUUCGUGCUUUCAUGGGGAUUGGCGAGGGUGUGGCUAUGCCAGCUAUGAAUAAUCUUCUCUCAAAAUGGGUUCCUGUGGCAGAGAGAAGUAGAUCGUUGGCGCUGGUGUACAGUGGAAUGUACCUAGGAUCCGUAACUGGCCUGGCAUUUUCACCAUUUUUGAUACAGAAGUAUGGCUGGCCAUCAGUCUUUUACUCUUUUGGUUCUUUGGGCACUGUUUGGUUUGCAGUGUGGCUAAAUAUGGCACACAGCUCACCUCUGGAGGAUCCUCAAUUGCGGCCUGAAGAAAAGAAGCUGAUUCUUGGCAACAGCGUAUCCAAGGAACCUGUUAAAUCUAUACCAUGGAGAUUAAUCUUGUCAAAAGCUCCUGUAUGGGCCUUAAUAGUGUCUCACUUCUGCCACAAUUGGGGGACAUUUAUUCUUCUUACUUGGAUGCCUACAUACUAUAACCAGGUCUUGAAGUUCAAUCUCACAGAAUCUGGGCUCUUCUGUGUAUUGCCUUGGCUUACAAUGGCUGUCUCAGCAAAUGUUGGAGGUUGGAUCGCAGACACUCUUGUGAGCAAAGGUUUAUCAGUGACCACCGUUCGAAAGAUAAUGCAGACAAUUGGAUUUCUUGGCCCUGCUUUCUUCCUUACUCAAUUGAGCCAUGUUGAUUCACCUGCCAUGGCUGUUUUGUGCAUGGCAUGUAGUCAGGGCACUGAUGCAUUUUCGCAGUCUGGUUUGUAUUCAAACCAUCAAGAUAUUGCUCCUCGAUAUUCUGGGGUAUUGCUUGGUCUAUCAAACACUGCAGGAGUGCUUGCUGGUGUCUUUGGAACGGCUGCAACGGGUUACAUCUUGCAACAUGGUUUUCUCUCAUCCCUUGUUUUCAAGUUUUCUUCUUUUUCAGAAGGUCCCCUGUUUUUAAGUUGCAAAUUAAUAUCCUAUAUUAAUACUAAUGAGAUAUUUAUGAAGAUUUCUUGAUAAUUGUUCAGUGCCUGUUUGUGAUCCUUCCAUUAGUUUCUGGUUCACACCUAUGGAGAUUCCUUGAAACUCGAGAUUGUGUGAACUUCAAUAUGGUCAAUCUUCAUUGCAAUUAUUCUGUAAUUUUCCCUACAUAGUUGUGUAAAAAUCAGGGAAUUAGUUUGAUAUGGUCCUUGCUUGCCCUAUUUGGCUUCAUAUUUGGGCAAUUUAAAGCCCUAGUUGUGGCUGGGCAUGGACAGUGUGGGGGUUCAAAUUCUAGGCCUUGAACUAUGUAGGUACAUAUUAUUCUGAUAGGAUACUGUUGUGUUUAACUUUGUGAAACCUAGUAUUCCAAAAGGUCAAGACUCGAGCCCUCAGUACAGUGAACACUUCAGGUUAGCUACUUGGUGAGUGGGUACAGAGGAAUGUUAGAAACAGGUGGUUUGACUAUGGUGUUGACUAUUAUAGUGCUGUGUCUACUGACGGGUGGUUCUUAACCCUUUGGUGCCUGGUAUCAUCAAUAUAGGUCAUGUGAAAUUGUUCGAAUAACUUCCCAGUAAGGUGCUCAGACCUUAUUACAGGGCCUUUGCCCGCUGUUGACACUAAUGUGUUUUUCCUGCUUGAGUGAAAUGUAAAGCUUCUGUUUGACGCAACAAUACAUUUCCAUUUCACAAUUCUCAGGUUCGUGGGAUGACGUUUUCAAGGUUUCGGUCGGCCUUUAUUUGGUUGGCACAGUAGUGUGGAAUCUCUUUUCAACUGGUGAGAAAAUAUUGGAUUAAAUCUCUUGUAAACCGCUCACAAGGAUGUCGCAAUUUGUGCACCCACACUCUCUCGAGCCACAAUAGAAGAGUACCACUGAAGAACGGAUAGAAGCAAAAGAUUCAGUUGGGAAAAGGGCAGGCUCUUUUACUAUUUCGGGAUUACAGAACGUUUGCAAAUUUUUUGACAUGAAACAAAGAGCUCUCUGGGAAUGCAAGGGCUCUAUCCCUUGAAUUUGUUGAAGAUGACCUGCUCUUCUGUGCCAUCCCAAUAGAGGGAGAGUAGAAAAUGUGCAAAAAAUGACACAGCUUGUACAAGUUACUGUAGCAUACUAACACAAAGUUUUGCAAUUAUUGAUGAAGCCUAUUGUUCUAUUUCACGCCAACUAUCAUUUUUGUUUUCUAAUCUUU